CGUUAUAGCUCUAACGCCGACGAACGCGACCUAUACACACGCAAUUGUACAGUCAAUGAAUGAAUGAAUGGGUGUGGAGAAGAUUUCACAGACAUCAAACGUAUUGUUCCCCCGAUUGUCACUUCAGAACAAAGCAAAGAAGAAAAAGGACUGUCACGGCGAUAGACAUUCUUUUGGGAACCCUAUUCCGUGAUUUAUCCAUUGUUUUUGUGAUGCCAUGAUGUAGUCGUCAAAGGAACCAAAUCCCAAGCAACUCAUUGAGACAACUCCCAACAACAUUCCAGCAACAACUCAGCUGAGCAAGCCCUGGUCUUUGACCAGUCACAUGCUGUCACCACAACUCAAACUGACCAAUCACCAUCCUCCAACCUCAUCAUGAACCAAUCAAAAGAACAGAAUUCGGAGAUUGCCUCAUCAUCAUCAUCAUCAUGUUCAUCAACACCAUCCUCGGGACCUUGGAGCUCCUCAUCGGACAACGUAGCAUUGCCAUUGGCUUCAUUGUCGACCUCGAUUGCUGCUUCAACUGCAUCUUUGACAUCGGCCUCAACAUCAAAUGCAGCAUCAACGUCUACAGCUGUGAGGAAGGAACACCAGCAAGGGACCAAGAAGAUUGUCUCAGCUUUGAAACGAAAACGGACUCCUUGCCCAGAAACAACCAAAGAUGAAGAUGAAGGGUCAUCCUCGAAGAAAUCAAGACUCGAUGACGACUCAUCAUCAUCAGGAGAGGUCAGUUCUGCGGAGAAAGCAAAGAAAAAGAAGCGUAGAGUUGUAUUUGAUGGAGUCACUGUAUUCUUCUUCAGAAGGACCCAAGGAUUUACAUCAGUCCCCAGUCAGGGUGGAUCUACUCUAGGUAUGGCCCCAAAACAUGAAACCAUUGGGAAGUUUACCCUCAAACAGUUUGAGCUAUCCCAGGAGAAGUGUCAUAGAGCCAUCCUACGCAAGCAACUGAUGGACAGACGAUGUCAGCAGCUGAGGGAAUCCUCCCCUUGUUCUACAAUGACAUUGAGAGAAGCAGAAUCAGACUUAGAUGAGGAACUGGACAACAUCAACAUUAAUGACUAUUACUUCUUACAACCGAUUCCAACCAAACAGAGGCGGUUGCUGCUGAAGCGUUCCGGUGUGAAAAAGAUCGACAACACAGAGAAGAUGGAGCUGAAGCGGAUACGCCUUUCGAGGGAGUCUUGUGGUUGUGACUGCCAGGUGGUGUGUGACCCGGAGACAUGUAUGUGUAGUUUGGCCGGCAUCAAAUGCCAAGUGGACAGGCAGUCGUUUCCUUGUGGCUGUAGCAAAGACGGCUGCCAUAACAAGUACGGGAGAAUCGAGUUCAAUCCUUCCAGGGUGAGGAAUCAUUUUAUCCAGACUGUGGUUCGACUUGACAUGGAGCAUCGGCAAGAAGAGAGGAUGAAUCCUGGUGGAAGCCGAAGCCAGGAAGAUUGCUUUGAGGGUCCUCCAGACAUGAGCUCCUUAUCACACCCCCUUGAAGAUUGGGGUCAUCAAGCCUCAACCAGUUCCAGCCAAAUGUAUUCAGGAAGCCUUAAUGGAAGGGACUUUUAUGGAAAUGUUGAUAUCCCUUUAGGAGAUGACAGGGCCAGUUGUAGCUCUUCCCUGUAUUCCAAGUCAUGUGAUGCUUACGGAAGUGGAAAUUCCUUGGAGGAGAACAUUCCAGUUGAGGUACGUCCUCCAAGGCAACAUGACUUGAUUCCUCAAAUGCUGCAGUUCAACGAGUCAGAGGACGAAAGUGCUAUGACCCAACCCAUCGCACCCUUAUGUAAUGUUCCCUUGCCCACAAUGCCUUGCUAUGACAGUUCAGAAGAUAAUCUGAGUUCAACUUCAGAUACAACUUCAAGCUCAGAAGCAAGCUCCAACUACGAUCUCAAUGAAUGUAGUGCAUCCUUCAACAUGAAAUCUUCAGCCGAUUACAACCUUGCCAGUAGUUUAGUGCAAUCAUCAGAGGUUAAUAGUUUGUCUCAUAGUCCUACCGUAGAGGGCACCUUGCCACAUUUGACGCCACUAGAGGUAGCCAAUAUCUUCUCUACCUCUAAACAAACUGUUGAUGACACAAACAGUAAGACAUAUACUGAACUGAAGCAGCCAGACAGCUACACCAAUAGUAGCUUUUCAACUGGUUUGUACAAUCCUGAUAAUUCCGCCCAUAGUAGUUACAGUGAGAUUUUUAUGCCGUAUGAUAAUAAUAAGGUAGCAGAUAGCAUACCUCUCACACUUCCCUCCCUAACAACUGCACGUUCUGCAUACACCACUUGUAGUAGCCCUUCUUCAUCCAGUACGUAUACAGUCAUGACAUCUCUGAAUGCUGUGGAUUCCCUAGCUGAGAUGCAAGAGACUGCACUCGCCACCAGUAAGCUGAGUUCUGUUACAUUUGGGAUGAAGGACGAUCCUUCUUCAUUUACUCCACCUGAACCUCUCCUUUACAGCUCAACAACCAUGGACAGUGUUGGUGAUAUCUCCUCCAGCUUCUCUGUGACUCCUCGCUGCAACGAAAGCCAUGGAAAUGAAGCCACGGCAACUGGUAGCAAUGAUAGUCCUGGUAGGCAUCAGGGACAUGGUGAUGAUGGCAGCAGGAUCUCUCCAGCUGUAGAUAGUCCAGGUGAUGCUGUUCUUGGUAAUCUUGGCAUGCCACUUGGACUUUGCUCAUCCAGUGAGGAAAGACCAGUCUUUGACAGAAUCGAUGCAUUGCAGUCCCAAACUGACAGAGAAUCUACGGAUACAUGCAGUGUGGAGAGUUGCCCAGGAGAUCAUCCUCUGCAGGAGUCUAAUAUCCCUGGUAUUCCCUGCUGCAGCACAACAUCACAAGAAGGUGAAAUCAUCAGUUUGAGAUGUAACCUUGAGGCCAGUGAUGAGAACAUUUCCAGCAACUCGAAAGAAUUAAUGAAUAACACUGAUGGUGUCUGCCAGUCUGAAUCCAACUCCUCCUCUCACCCUGAACCAAUUACUCAUGAGGAUUCACAGAUGAAAACUGAAGCACAAGGUUGCUCAAUACCAAAUAAUCUUGUAACUUGCAGUGGUACAGUUGAGAGUGAAGAAUCAAAGACCACUGAUUCAAGAGGACAGGUCCAUAGCACUGUAUCCAGCAAACCACUACCAAGUAUGGAAAAGCUUUGUGAGCAUCCUCUGACGAAUGGGACCAUCCCGGUUCUUUCACAUCUUCCUAGAGAAGUACUGACCAAAGAUUCAGCAGUAGAACUAGCCAAGAAGAUCCAAGUCUUGAGAGGCAACAGCGAAGGUGAUGCUACUCCAUCUAUCUCACCAGACUCCUUGAGUCCUGAUGGUGCUAUGUCAGAUGAUCCCUUCAGACAAGCUGUUGAUCCGUCGGCCAUUGAUGAGUCAUCCUUUAGCAGCUCAGACAGUGCUGUUGGUCACAUGUCUAGUGUUGGCUAUUCUGAGCUUUCAUCUGGAAUACCAACUGGACCACCUCUUGUCCAAGCAGGAAUCUCUGAAUAAAAUCACGAGGUAAAAGAAACAAAAUAGGCACUGAAAGAUUUACGCAAACAUGCUCCUUUAAUAGCGAACCAAGUGUGUCCUCCCUAAAAUCAGCUCAAAAUCACCUAUAACAACCUUUGUUUAUAAAGGCUUCAACAUCUUUCCUUCAGUUGCAUUGUCAGCCUAGGCUGUUACUAAUAAUUAUCUCCUCGGUUACCUCUUGCCGUUUACUGUAUACAAACUUUUUCUACUGUAGCAUUAACUGACUAGUCACAAGUCAAAGCCAGUUUACUAUAUAUUUCUUACAUUUUCAGUCAAGUCCAACAGAUUUCUAUCGCUAAGUGAGAUGUUAUUUAUCAGAGUUAUCUGAGAAGCAGAAUACUUAUAUUUUAUUAACGAUUCCUUUCUUAGAAAUCAUGAGGAAAUAUACCAAGUAUCACAUUACAUACCAAGUAAGUUUUGGCAAUAUACGUGUUAAUCAGAGGCUGGACAUGAAGCUAGGUGACUCAAUGAUUCAUGCCAGGGCUGCUUGCCAUAUUAAAAAAAAAACAGAUACACAUACAUGGUUUCCUGCAUUCAAUGUAGGCUCUUCAGGUUAACUGGGCGAGGUGUUUUUCAGUCAUAGGUUUUGGAGAGUUAAACACUGAUACUGGUAUGUAUCUGAUUCCUCUUGAGAAAGUGAUAAAAAGAUUCUAUUGAGGUUUUUGCAGAUUUCAUCAAAGAUUUCUGUAGGGUGCAGCUGUCGGUAACAUUGGUGUUGGAAUUAUGUUUGGGUUCAGUCUGGAAAAAAUGGGUGCUCAAUAUAUAUUAUAUGUCCUUUAUGAAUUUCAUGUAUUUUUCUUGGCAUCUAUGGCAUUUCUCAAGAUUUUCAAUAGAAUAUAUAUUCAUGAGAAUUUUUUAUUUUCAUGAAGUUCUUUCAUACUAAAACAGUUAUCUCAAAGAGAUAUUUCUUUCAGAUAUAUGUAAUGUAAAAAAGUUACACUAUGUCUAGUAUAGAACAACAGAAUGUAUCUGUAUCAAAACAACUCAGUAUGCAAGACAAUGCAUAUACCUUCAACUGUAUUAUACCCGUAGCGUCGUGGUGCUUCUAAAUCCAGUGCAAUGGUAGUGUAUGAUAAUAGUUUUCAGUAUCACAGAAAUAGUUUUUUAGUAGCCUAAAAAAGUGCAAAUUCCUUUUUUUUAUGAAACCAGUGACUACAGCAUUUUUUUAAAAGCUUUAUUUAUUCUGCAUGUUGUUAAGAGUGUACAUUAUUUACAAUGUAAUGGUAUUUGAAAGGACAGAGUAUGUCUUUGCUUUGAAGCAAAAUAAGUAACAUAAGAUUUUUUUAUUGAUGUAAAUAUAUGUAUAGAUGUAUAAGAUUUUCAAACUUAUACAUAUGAGGCAGCACAUGUGUUUUGGCCUCAUUUUUAAGAGGUCCUGAUGUGAAACAAGAAUAUAGUAAUACUCUUUGAUAGGAAUAAUAUUAAUCACUCAAAUCUCAGAUGAGAAUGGUGUAUGAUGAUCUAAAGUUGUUUGAUGCUGUUUUAUUUUAUUCUUAUUACGGUAUAUAUUUUUGAAAACAUCUUGAAGUGAACGAUAAAAAAAGUACAUUUGUAUGCAAUUCUUUCAUAAUACAAUACACCUCUGAAUCUAAGAUUAGAUUUGCGCAGUGAGUCAUAUGUCUUUUUAAAAUUCAUAUAUAAGCCAGGGGGAAUCGUAAUAUACAAAUCAUGAACAUUAUGAAAAUAGGAAUAAACAAAUAAUAUUACUUGGAACUAAAUCUCAGGUAAAAUUUAUUUCUAAAAUCAUAUUUUACAAUUGCCAAACACAAGCCAUGAAAAUAGAUAUAUAACUUGUCAUUAUGGAUAUAAUUUAGCAACUAGAAGUAUAAGCAUGCAGUCAUUGAUAUGAUUAACAGAACAGUAUAUAUUGAGAUGUUUUUAGAGUGCCAUAAAAUGAACUUAAGAAAACAGUAAUAUACAACUCAUUACUAACAAUUCAUUUAAAGCACUAAUGAAAAAAAAAACAUGUUUAAUGCUGAGCCCUUCAGUGGGAUUAUUACAUCAAAUUAUUUGUCUCUCUGAAUAGUGCAUAAGGGAAAGGGUAAUAUCAAAUGUUUUGGUCAACACUAGAUGGGAAAAGUAAUAGUAAAUAAACAUUACUAGAUAAUCAUCAAAUUGUUGAAAGUCUUGUAGUGUGAGAUGAUAAUGAUAUCUUUGUUCAAGGUAGAUUUUAUAAUGAAUGUUAAUACACAUCCAUUUCUCCUUUGAAGUAAGUUUUUUCCAUCAUAUUUUCAUUCUAGAGUUAUAAUUUUGUUAAUUUUUCUGGUUAUUUAACAAUCUUAAUUUACGAUAUUGUUCAUUUUUCUUUUAAUUCAACUACAUGUAUCAGGAGCUAAACACAAAAUGUAAGUGUUAUGUCAGGGAAUAUCUGUUUGAAUAAUGAAAUGAAUACAUAUAGUCAUAUAUAUGUUAAGUACAUUAUGAAUUUUCAGUGAUAAUAAUAUAUCUGCACAAUACAAUCAGUUCUAGUGUAGGGAUUUGCAGUUUGAACAAUAACUCUCGACAUCACAAAAUGGAAUGUUGACUUGGAAAAGAAAAAAAAAGAGUAUCAUGGUGCUUUUCUCUUUUCAUCAUCCAAGGGAUGUAAAUUUUUUGAAGCACUUUUUUGGUAAGCAUUAGUUGCCGUUUUUUAUUUUUAUUUUUAUUUUUUUAACCUGUGUAAUAUUUGAUGUUGAGUGUCUGACUUGGUCGUUUAGAUUGUUAUUAUGUACAAAUAAAAUAAGUUUUAUCAAGAAUGUGUGUACUAGAUCAGACAGAGUAGAAACAUUGCCAUUAAUAACCAUAUGUUUUUGUGUAAUUUAUGUUAGGUAGACAAUUUUGACAAAUGAAAUUCGUAAUCUUGUGAAAAAAAAAUUUUGAUAAUCACUCUCUUUUUCUUGCUUUUUGGGGAGGGGCACCAAAAUUUUACACACUAAUACAAUUGGACAAUCGGCAAGACAGUUGAUUGAUUAUAAUAAUUAUAACCAUUAAUAUUUUGUUUUAUUUCCCUUUUUAUUCUUUUUUAUCCGUCGCUGUUUCCUUCUUUUCCCCAUCUUUCAUCUCGUCUUCUCAAACCCUUCACUUUUCUUCUCUUCUCCUUGUUCUCCUCGUUUUUCAUCUUCAUAAUUUCCUUUUGAAUAUACUCUUGAGUAAGAAAAAGUAAUGUGGAGAUUGUAAGCCAUCAUUCACUAUUUUAAAAAAAAAUCUAUUUUGUUCAUGGUUAAAACCACAGAAAAUGAAAUUUCCUGGUUAAUGGCAUUCUCAUUUUGGACUUGUUUCUUAUAAAUAAUAUGCUUACAAGAUUUUACAAUACCAACUGUUUGUCUCUUCUGUCUGUUCACACUUGGCAGUAAUAGAAAAAUAUGUAAUUAAUGACAUCUCCUAAAAGGUGAGAAAUUUGUGUCAUAUUAAAGUUAACCAGAGAGGUUGAAUCCCUCUUCUGGUUCCAUGUUUUGCCUGAAAUCAUUAUUCAAUCUACAUUAAUAAAUUUAAAGGUCUGUUUUUAAUAAUUUUGUGACUCCUCUAGUUUGAAAUUCAAGCAAAGUCCAUGAUGCAUAUAUUAAUAAACUACCAGAUUCGGAGUUAUAUAAAAAAAAAGUUGUUUUUCAUAAAAAAAUCACAGGUUCUGUCUCAGUAUUGCCAUGUCAAAUCUUUAAAAUAUGUACGAGAGUAAUUUCUGACUAUCUGCAAUAUUGAGAACUACAUGUAUUUCCUUUUUAUAAUAAAGCUUUUGUUGAUUAAUGCAAGUAAAAAGGACUGACUUCAUCUUGCAUUCAAAAUACAUUGUAAUGUAUAUGUUUGAAUAGAACUUUAUGACAACUCGUGUUAAAAUUCAAUCUUACCACACUCGUCAGAAGCAUUUGAAAGCAAAGUGUUGUAAAAUCACAUGACAUUGUAUAUUUUGUAUGAUACUAUUACAGUUAACUCUAUAAUAUAUUGUAUGAAAUGUAUUACAUGUAAUAUAUAAUGUUAUAUGUACAUGUAGUAUAUAUCAAUUACAUUAAAUAUAUAUAUCAUAUUUUACAUAUAAAUUCAAAUCUCAUAGGUGUGAGUUGUGAGUUGUUAAUACUACAUUCACAAUUUUAGUCAAUUUUAUUAAAGAGAAAGUCAUGUUUUUUCUGAUCAAUCCUCAAUUUGAUAAAAAUAUUUUUAACUGGCUGCAGACCUAAAAAAAAAAAAAUAAAAUUGCAAAUAUAUACAGCUGGAAAAAUGUUUUUCAGUUUAGAAAUGAUAGUUUCCAGAUUGAUGCAAAUCUUUAUCUUAAAGCAAAUAGGGUUUUAAUAUUGAAUGUAGUGAUAAAGAAAAAAUAUGAUUUCAUCUUAUGUGGAGCAGUAUUAUUUCAAUUUGUUUUCAUCAAAAUUCUCUAUGAAAUAUAAUAUAUGAUGUGUAUAGUUAGAUGUCUCGGACGCAAACAUCUGUUUUAACUCAUUAUGUAUAAUAUGUAAAAUAAGAAAAUGUGUGAAGCUAGUUUUAAAAAGCAGUAAAGCAUUUACUUGUUUGUACAUAAAAGCAGAAGUUGUAAAGUUAAAAAAAAUCAUUUUUGUAGUUUACAAUGCUGAGAGUAACAUUACCUAGGUGUUAAUAUUGUUUUUGGCAGAGCAUAUCUGUGUUUUUUUUUUUUUCAUGGAUAAAAAUAUGAAGAGGUGAUUACGUUGCCCUGCUAUUGAUUCAACUCACCAAACAUUGUAUGAAUAUGUCUGUGUUAUAUGGUUUUCUUAUUUUAUUUCAGUUCCAAUAGGGUUGAACCAAGUAUGAUACCUUGUAAAUAAGUCUCCUUUCCCUUUUUUUUCUCUCUCUCUUAUAAUCAUUUCAUGGUCUAUCUUGUCUGUUCUGUUGUUGUUAACUCAUAUUGCUCACAUGCAUUUGAAUUAAGAGUGUUUUUCAUAAGUUCUUUGAGAUUUGGAGACAUGAUUGCUAUCAGCUUAAAACAUAGAUGAGGCAAAUUCAUCUGAUUUUCAGGUGCAAAAUGUGAUUAUUUUAUUAAAAGAAUACUUCACACUUUUUCACAUUAUACAACAAAAAUUACUUCAUCUCCGAUUUGUUUAGGAUGAUAGAUUUCCUCAAAAUGUUGACUGUGAUUUGAAAUAUGAAUAACAGAAAUUUUCCAUAGACUACAGCCUAAGCAACAAAAAUAACCAAAAUAUAUCAAAGAAUAAUGAAUUUCAGAUCCUUAAAGUUGUGAUUUUGUGAUGUCACAUGGAAGCAUCUCACUCAAAAUGAUGAUAUAAAUUCCACUUUCUCUGAAAAUUGAAAAUUAUUUUUACCAGUCCAUUUGUUAUAUCAUCAGAUACAUUAUUUCAUUUAUUUCAUACUCUUAGGGGAAGUAUUUUCAUUUGAGGAACACUAUAAAAAAGGGUCUUUGUAUUACAUGAUGUAUGGGAUAACCACUUGUAUGUGAUGUCACAAACCCCCAAACUUUGAUGAUUCAUAUGUUAUUCCUUGAUUGAUUUUCAUCAAGCUUUCAAUUUUGCGAUUCUCUCAUUUAUCUGUGCAAGUGAGGUCAAGCCAGAUAGACUUUCCCUUUAAGAAGUUGGAAGGAUUUCCGUUUCUGAAAGAAAUGAUGUAGGGGCUCUGUUACCUAAAAAAGAUAAGUUGGCUAUAAAGAUAGUGAUAAUGAAACUUUGGCCCAAUAACACAAAGCUUACUAAUUAAGUGUAAAGUUUGUACAAUUGAAUUUACAUUGAAGUAAUGAUCAAUCUCUUCAAUUGUAAUUACAAGCCUUAUGAUUAAUCACUCGGCCUCCGUGUAAGAUACAAUAUUUUACAAACUUGAAAGUGAAUAUCCCUUUCACAUAUUUCAAUAUAAGAAUAUUUAUUUUUCAAAAUGAUAUUGAUCAAGACUGAAUUCUGUUAUUUGCUGAGAUCGUAAUGAAGAAUAUGUUUAGCUCAGUUAAUUUCUCAUCAGUUUGAGGUCUGUGACACAAUAUUUGAUCUGAUUGAUCAAGUGCUCAUUUAUAUAAUUGAUCGCAUUGAUCAUCAUGUGUAAUCAAUCGUACAAAUCACCCAUACUAUCAAUCAAUUUACUUUAUGGUACAGGGCCAAUGGCACACUCUUUAUUUUAAGUGCUGCUCUCUCUAUUUUGUAUGAUGUUGUACUAUCUUGUAUUCAUUCAAUCGUUACAUAUUAUAUUUGUGCUCUCUUUGCAAACCAUGAGUAAUUUUCCUAUUGUAUAUGGUUAUGCUUGUUUUCUUGUGAAUGGUGCUGUAAUAUUUCUUGUUUUGUCAUACUUGCCAGUCAUUUAUCGAGUCUCUUUGCUACAUGUUAUCAUGAUGGCUCAGUUUUCAUGAAAGUUUCUUCUUAGCCAGUAGAUUUUCUUAAGGAUAUAUUCUGCUCUUGAAUUCCUGAAAUGUA